UGUGUCACCCGGCAGUGAAACUCGCUUUUUCACACAGGCGAACAACAGCAAAACAGACACCGAGCGUCCCGAUAACAGAGAUCAGAAAUGGGCAAAGGCGGCGGAACGUUUGACAGACUGUUGGAAAAGGCUACCAGUCAGCUGCUGCUGGAGACAGACUGGGAGUCCAUUCUGCAGAUAUGUGACCUCAUUCGGCAAGGCGAUACGCAGGCAAAAUAUGCAAUUGGUGCCGUCAAGAAAAAACUCAAUGACAAAAAUCCACAUGUCGCGCUCUAUGCUCUUGAGGUCCUGGAGUCAGUGGUGAAGAACUGUGGCCAGACAGUUCAUGAUGAAGUGGCUAGUAAGCAGACAAUGGAAGAGCUAAAGGAGCUGUUCAAGAAACAACCCGAACUGAACGUGAAGAACAAGAUCCUUUAUCUGAUCCAGGCCUGGGCCCACGCCUUCCGCAACGAGCCCAAGUACAAAGUCAUCCAGGACACCUAUCAGAUCAUGAAGGUGGAAGGUCAUGUCUUCCCAGAAUUCAAGGAGAGUGAUGCCAUGUUUGCAGCAGAAAGGGCUCCUGAUUGGGUGGAUGCAGAGGAGUGCCACAGAUGUAGGGUUCAGUUUAGUGUUAUGACCCGAAAGCACCACUGCAGGGCAUGUGGGCAGAUUUUCUGUGGGAAGUGCUCUUCUAAACACUCUACCAUUCCCAAAUUUGGCAUUGAGAAGGAGGUGCGUGUGUGUGAGCCCUGCUUCGAGCUUCUCAACAACCACCCCUCCCUCUCUCCCCCUCCUAGGAAAGCCGAAGGGAAGGCCGCCAGCACUGGGCAGUCCGAGCUUCCCCCUGAGUACCUGACCAGCCCUCUGUCCCAGCAGUCUCAGGUAGUGCCCACCGAAUCAAUGCCUCCUAAGAGAGAUGAGGCUGCGCUGCAGGAGGAAGAGGAGCUGCAGCUGGCCAUCGCGCUGUCUCAGAGUGAGGCCGAGGAGAAGGCGAGGAUGAGACAGAAGAACACUUACUCUGCGUACCCCAAAGCCGAUCCCACCCCUGUGACUUCCUCUGCCCCUCCUGUCAGCACUCUCUACUCCUCUCCCGUGAACUCAUCGGCUCCAUCGGCUGAAGACGUGGAUCCAGAGCUGGCCCGUUACCUAAACAGAACUUACUGGGAGAAGAAACAGGAAGAGGUUCGCAAGAGUCCCACCCCCUCUGCUCCUGCUCCAGUUUCACUGGCUGAGCCCAUGCCAAUCAGCCAACCAGUGGAAAUCCUCGCUCCGGUCCAACCCAUCAACAUAGUGGAGCAGCAGUAUCAGAAUGGAGAAUCUGAGGAGAACCAUGAGCAGUUCCUGAAGGCCUUGCAGAACGCCGUCACCACCUUCCUUAACCGCAUGAAGAGCAACCACAUGCGCGGCCGCAGCAUCACCAACGACAGCGCUGUGCUCUCGCUCUUCCAGUCCAUCAACAACUUGCACCCACAGCUGCUGGAAAUACUCAACCAGCUGGAUGAAAAGAGACUGUACUAUGAGGGUCUUCAGGACAAACUGGCGCAGGUGCGUGACGCACGGGCGGCACUGAACGCUCUGAGAGAGGAGCACAGGGAGAAACUGAGACGGGCUGCUGAGGAGGCAGAGAGACAGAGACAAAUCCAGCUCGCCCAGAAACUGGAGAUCAUGAGGCAGAAAAAACAGGAGUACCUGGAGAUGCAAAGACAGCUCGCAAUCCAGCGUCUGCAGGAGCAGGAGAAGGAGAGACAGAUGCGUCUGGAGCAGCAGAAACACACCGUUCAGAUGAGAGCACAGAUGCCUGCGUUCUCUCUGCCUUACGCACAGAUGCAGUCACUGCCUCCUAACGUGGCAGGAGGGGUGGUGUAUCCCCCCGCUGGCCCUCCCAGCUAUCCUGGAACGUUCAGUCCUGCUGGCUCAGUGGAGGGGUCGCCCAUGCAUGGAGUCUACAUGAACCAGCCCGGACAGACAGCUGCCGGUGGCCCGUACCAGGCCAUGCCUGUGUCAGCUACAGAUCCCAACAUGGUGAACGCUUACAUGUAUCAGACUGCAGGCACCAGUGGGCAGCCAGCCGCCCCUGGACAAGCCCCUCCCACAACCACCCCUGCCUACACUAACUAUCAGCCCACACCGACACAGGGCUACCAGAACGUGGUCUCUCAAGCUCAGAGUUUGCCCCCCAUGUCCCAGGUUGCCCCCACCAACGGUAUUGCCUACAUGGGCUACCAGCCAUACAGCAUGCAGAAUAUGAUGACCGUUCUUCCAGGACAAGACCCAAACAUGCCUCCCCAACAGCCCUACAUGCCUGGGCAGCAGCCUAUGUACCAGCAGAUGGCUCCCCCCGGCGGUCCGCAGCAGCAAUCACAACAGCAGCCGGCGCAGGCUCCUCCGGGCAGUGCAGAGGCUCAGCUCAUUUCAUUUGACUGAUCAUAGCUCAUCAUAUGCCUUUACCCACCAGGUCCAGCACACUACAUUCAAGCCUCCCUUACCCUGCUGUUUCUGGGUUUAUCACCCUGCACCUGCUCUCGCUUCACUAUGCUCCACAGAUACUGAAGGUGUACAAAUAUUGUAAAAGCAUUCUGCUGUCUGAGUCCCCCUCCUCUCUCGGUCUCUUUCAAUGAAGGAGGAGAGGCUACAGAUGGAGCUGGUGGGGAACCUUUGUCUCUUAACUGGAGGAAUCUCACAAAACUCAAUGUCUAGAUCAUAUUUUAC